UAUAAUCCAGUAUAUACUGUAAUUUGCAAAAAGAAAAGGAAUCAAUCAAUCAAUGAAAUGCAUGGAUUAUAGUUCUGUUUAUUUCAUUUCCCACGCACAAGUUAUUGGACAUCAUCCAGCAAAAAGUCUGGAUUGUCAGUGAAGCGAAUGCUCUUGCAUUUCUCUAUUAUUUAACAAUAAUUGGAUUUGUUCAAUCAAUAUCCAAAAUAAUUGAGUUUUCCUUAAUAAUUGACUACCUAGGUAAAUCCGACAUUCGAAGUUGGUAACCAGCAAGACACUGCUGAGUUUUUGACGAUCUUGCUCAACCUAUUACACCAGGAGCUGGAAACUUCAGCGACCCAAGAAUGCGUACAUCAGCUCAUGAUGCUGGUCUACAGCUGAAGCAAGCAAGCAAGCGAACCGAGACUGACCAGUGAGACCAGCUCACCUAUGGAUCAAACAGUAUUGACACGGACAAAAGUAUUAUUUCCGAUAUAUUCGAUGGCCAAAUCUACACCUGUGUGCAGUGCUUAACGUGCAACAAGGGUCACGAUGAGGCUUCUGAAGAUAGGACGUGGAUGUCUGAACAAUUUGACACAUCCCGUGUAAUUGCAAUCCAAAUCCCAUCAAUAGAGGACUUGAAGACUCAUAGUGAAAUGGCUGCGAAAUAUUCAGGCCUGGAGCAUUGCAAAGAAAUGCUCCGUUUUAAAAAGGGUUGGUUUGAUUGGCUGAGCAGUCUAAUACCCUUUCGACGCAGCGUUGUCACUCUCCAAAACUGUUUGCAGGCAUUCUUCUGUGUCGAAGAACUGAAAUAUGAUAACAUUUACAGAUGUGAAAAAUGUGAUGAAGACCGUGAUGCGAUAACAUUUUCAAAAAUGAUGCAGUUGCCCGAGGUACUGUGUAUUAACCUCAAGAGGUUCUUGCCGGGCUCAACAAAGAAUACUCAACAAGUUUCAUUCCCGAUCACUGAACUCGACAUGACACCUUAUGUUCAUUCUGACUGCCAGUCGGAAGUUAAAACAUACGACCUUAUGGCAACUAUUUGCCAUAAAGGCGACAGCUUGAAUAGUGGACAUUACAUCUGCUAUGCACUAAAUGACGCUGAAAAAAACUGGAUAGAAUAUGAUGACGAACGUGUGACAAAGGUCACAGAUGACAAGGUUGCUUCAUGUGAAGCAUACCUAUUGUUCUAUAGGAAACGUGACAGCCCAGCAACCCGAGAAAUGAGGGAGGGGGCCUUCAAAACUGCCGAUGAACAAGCUCCAACUAUGUAUGCGCUUUCCAAACUAUGGCUGAGCAAAUUUGAAAAUUUCGUCGAGCCCGGCGCAGUUGAGAACGGCGAUCUAUUUUGCUCGCAUGCCCCCUGCGUCUACAAGGACCAUGAAGAAAUGUCUGUACAAGUUACAGCAUCAUCAUGGCACACUAUUUUUCAAAAGUUUGGAGGUGGCCCCGUUUGCCCGCUGGAUUCUUUAGUGGAAUGCGAGAUGUGCGGAAAUAAAAUGAAAGACUAUCAGUCAGAGAGCAGCGAUUAUGAGUCUAGCUAUGAUAACUAUGAUUUCUAUGAUAGCACUGAAUUCACUGAUAGCACCAAAGGAGACUAGAACAAUAUUCUUAUUGAUCCUUGAAAAAGCUGAGUGACGCAAAUGCUUGCUGAAGAAGUCGCUGUCCGUGUGGUAAAUCUUGGCUUGUGAAAAAGGUGUUGAUUGAGAAGAAAUGAGCUGAAUUAUAAGAAACCCGACGAGUGACAUCUCUGCGCACCGAGAGCUUCUUCGUCUGGUGAAUUUGGUAUUAAUCAAUCUGUUUCAACGGAAUAGAAUUAAUUAAAUUUAAGAUUUUUGAUAUUUGAAAAAAGAGUUAUGUUUGAAAAAAAAUUAUUUGAUAUUCAAUAGAUCUGAAAAAAUAAUGUUUUAUAGUUUUUGUUCAAGUAGAAAAGUUCUUAACAGUAUUCAUUACAAAAUAUAAUUUAGAAAUAUAGAGCAAUAUGAUUGAUCUAGUCUCAUAUGAUUAUUUAGAACGUAAUAGUGAAUAGUUGGUAUUCAAAAAAAUAUAUUUUCACAAACAUCAAAUUUAAUUUUUUGAAAAAUGAAAGUAUUUCAGUUUAGAAAAGUUUGUAGUUCUUCAUUAUCAACAAUUCUCCAAUGAUCAUCUCCUGUACUAUUAUCUGAUGAUCCAUUUGGGAAUACAAUCACUUUGCAAUUCGUCUGGUGAGUUUGGUAUUAAUCAAUCUGUUUCAACGGAAUAGAAUUAAUUAAAUUUAAGAUUGUUGAUAUUUGAAAAAAAUUAAUAUGAUAUUAAAUAUCUAUUAAAUUUUAAUAGAUCUGAAAAUAUAAUUUUUAAUCGUUUUUGUUCAAGCAGAAAAGUUCUUAACAGUAUUCAUUACAAAAUAUAAUUUAGAAAUAUAGAGCAGUACGAUUUAUCUAGUCUUAUAUGAUUAUUUAGAACGUAAUAAUGAAU